UCAACAAGGCAGGGAAUAGGAAGUGAAAGGAAAACUCUGAUUGGGUCUCUGGUUAGUACCGGCACUCUGGAUGGUGCUUGACUAGUGGAGAGGAGUAGAAGUAACCUCUUCGACAAUAGGAGGAUUCUAAAUGCAGCCCUCGGGAUUGGCUUCUUGAGGGUUACGGAGCGGCACAAGGCCCAAACUUCCUCGUGGCGCGUGAUAACCGGGUUUUGGCGAGUUGAAGGGUCCUGAGGGGACCGUCAACUGUGCCGCGGCUGGCGCUUGGCGAGGCCUGCGAACUUUUGGGAAGCUCAUCUCUCCACAAUCGUGAGCAGAACCACCUCGCCUGAGUCUGCACAGCUCCCCACCGCCGCGCCCGAUCAGGUUUCCCCUCUCGCCUUCCUGUGAAAGAGGGACCAUGUGGUGGGGGUAAUAUUUAAAGCUGACCUGAGAUGGCUUCAAAGAAUUUCAGAUAUUUCCAGGCAUGCACUUCCAUAGUACCAGCAUGCAGGCAGUUUCUAUCUAGAAGCAUAUCUGUGACCUAUUUUGUUCGCCCAGUUAGGCGGUUUCGGCUCUGUUGCUGGUGGUGUGGUUCUUCAAUGUUGCGAACAGCAGACUCCAUGAAUGUCUUUCCAUCCUUGUUUUCUAAAAACUGCCACAUAGAACUGGGAACUCCUCCUAGCUCUGUACUGGGAAUAGUGCAGCUCCAUGGAGUGACCAGUAAUAAUUUAAAAUCCGAUGGCAAAUGGACAGAUGAACAGAUGUUCUUGAAGGAAAUUAACUCUUUCUCUUCAUACACAGACAUUUUCAAAUUUGUGCAUUCAUUGGGAAGUUUGUCCAACACAAUGGUGGCAUCAGUCUUCCAGUGGCUGUGUGAUAAUCACUUGGAGAAAGGCAAGUUGAAUCCUAAGGGUAUGAUGGAGCAUGAAGUCUUCAAGUCUCUUUGCUUCCAGCUAGAACAAGAAUCUACAAAUCUUCCUGAUUCUGUGCUUGUGAAUUCGCUGAGUACUUUGAUAAAGUUGCAUAUGGACCCUUAUAGUACCUUGGUGGUUCGCUUGGUGUCAGAGAGCCAGGAACGUCUUGAUAAGGGCCAGAUGACUAUUAGAAAUCUAUGCAUUCUUGGAGAAGCUUUACUUAACUUGAAGGGUCCAGACUGUGCUAUGCUGGAACAAAUCAUGAGCCAACUUCAGAGUACAAACCUUGAAGAUUGGGGAGCUGAUGAAAUGGUUAUGGCCUACAGAUUCCUGAAGCUAGGAGUUAAAAGGAAGAACCAGGACUUGUUAGAUAAAAUGAAAAAUAUUGCUUUAACUCAAGUUUCAAAGUUAGGCCCCAGAGAGAUAAGUAUGGUAUUAAAUGCUCUGGUUGAUCUGGAUCAAACCCAGGUAGUUUCCUUGAUGAUAAAGCUUUGUGAGCAUUCAACAUGGCAUGUCCCCCACUUCACCGAUGAUGAAUUAGUAAACGUGCUGGAAGCUUUCAUACAUUUUGGACACAAUGACCAGUUCUUUAUAGCUGCUCUAGAAGGACAUGUUUCCAAGUAUGCCUUCACUAUGCAUCCCAAUGCUAUCUCCAAAAUUAUGCAGUAUUGCAGCAGAAGGCACAUCCUUUCCAAAACUAUCUUUGAUGCAGUAGCAGAACGUUUUGUCUACAACGCUGACAGUUUCACUGCAACUCAGAUUGCUGAAGUGAUUGUCCCAUUUGGGAAACUCAAUUAUUUGCCCCCAAGUGCUCCAUCUCUUUUCCAAAAGCUUGAAAGGAUAUUAAGGUCUCGCUUUACUGAGUUUCAGCCUCAUGAAGUCUUGAACCUUCUGCACUCCUGCACUCUUAUUGAACGCUAUCCUCUUAAUUUUCUAACAAAAGUAUUCCGACCUUAUUUUCUGCAACAGUUGCAAGUUGGCGGCCCCUGCCUGGAGAUGGUUCAUUCUCAAUUGACCCAGCUUUUUCUAACGGUUAUACUGGAGUGUCCAUCCCAUAAGCAUCUCCAGCUCCUUUCCAAAUACCAAGUCAAGUCCUUUCUCACUCCAGACUGUUCACUGGAGUCAUUGGCAAACACUCAGCUGAGCAACAAAGUGAAGGCUGGCCUGGUUGAACUCCUGGGUGCUAGAUAUUAUUUUGCCUCCAGUGUAUUGACACCCUCUGGCUAUACUAUAGAUAUUGAGAUUAAACUCGAUGAAGAAGGAUUGGUCUUGAUGGCUAACAACAGUGAGGAGGCUUGGCAAAGAAUAGCUCUCUGCAUUGAUGACCAAGAGCGAUUUUGCUUCAACAGUCACCAUCUUCUUGGCAGAGAAGCCGUUAAACAAAGACACCUGCAGCUCCUUGGUUAUAAAGUUGUGCAGAUCCCUUUUUUUGAGUUCGAGCCGUUGAACUGCAGAAAGGAGGUACUGGAAUAUCUGCACAAGAAAUUAUUUCCUAACUGAUAUAGAUUCAGCUGUGUUAAAGCAGGAUCAAAAUUAUUCUCAGCUCUCUGUGGAGACUGGGGUUUAUGUGCUCAUUGUUUAAAUGAUGGACGUGGUAAGCUGCACUGAUUUUUAAAAAGGAAUUAUGGGAAUUUAUUUUAUCUUAUUUUCUGCUUCUGUCCUUCACUGAUACAAAAGUAGAAAGUGCCAAGAAAUACUAAAGUGCAACUAAGCUUACUUUUGAGCAUGAAUGUACUGCUGUGAAAUUAAAGCGAGUGUCAUUUGAAUAA